GGUAACAGCGCUGUGGUUCCUCUUAACAUCACAACCAUACGAUUCGUCAACACUGAGAACCUAAUAUCGGAAUAUUAACAACGAUUGGUCCUUGCCGGGAAAUUGUCUUACAACCAGUCACUCUAGUAUUUUACAGCCGCUAGGUACACUUUUCCCUCUUCUUUGUUUAUUCGUUGUAAAACCAGCGGCAAGUCGCUAGCUUCUGGACUCGCUAUUGAAAGAGCACAAAAAUGGGUAGACUUACCGCACCACUCGACUACGAAAGUUUAAGGAAAGCUCGAAUCUUAGAAAACCAGGAAAAAUUGGCAUCAUUGGGGCUGCAGAAAACCAUAUUUGAUCUUCGAUCCGCUAUCUCAUCCGCGAAAUCGGUGAAAACUCCAGUUAGAAAAUGUCAGAAGAAAAUAUAUGCCGUCAUAUCUUUGCGUCGGUCUGAUAGACUGAAAGGAAACAUUGUAGAAUCAGCCCCCAGAGGCGCUUCUCUGCGGCGGUCUAGCCGGUUGGCAGCGGCCUCUUUGACUUCGCAAAAAGAAGCAAAGGCGGGUGUCAAUGAAGGAAGUUUCGCUGGUGCAAGUGAAGAGAAGAGGCCAGCAAAUGCACCAUUAGUGAAGAUACAUGGACGGGAGCAUCAACUUUCUCCGGAGGCUUCUGCUCGGCGCUGCCAUGGCAAGGGCAGGGGUAGUGUUUAUGACCCUGUUUUCGGGAUUUGCUGCCAUUUCUGCAGGCAAAAGACAUUGUGUGGAGAAGAAGAUUGUAAGAGAUGUGGUGACCUCGAUGAGAAUCAGCCUUGUACAGGAAAGACGGAUUGCUCAGUUUGCCAUUCUAGCAAUGGUGUGCUCUGCCGAGCUUGUCUCAAGGUCAGAUAUGGCGAAGAACUAGAGGAAGUGAGGGAGAACAAAGAAUGGAUGUGCCCUCAUUGCAUAGAAGAAAAAGGAACAAAACCUUACUGGAUAUGUAACAGUUCAAUUUGCUUAAAGAAGCGAAAGAUGGUUCCAACUGGCCUAGCAAUAUACAGAGCCCGGGAGCUGGGAUAUAAAUCAGUAGCACAUCUACUAAUGGAUGACCUUCAAAAAGCAAACAAGCAGAGAAGAUAAAGAUGUGAGAUCCUGUCUCCUUGACUGAUCAACAGAUGAACCAUCAAGAACUUUAACUCCAGAACUCAACUUUUGAUAUCUACUAAUGGAUGAGCUUCGAAAAGCAAACAAGCAGAGAGACAAAGAUGCAGGAUCAAGAUGCUAAACUUUUGCAUUGCCGUUGAUUGAGAAAUGUUGAAACUGAAGCAGCUGAUUUGAACUUAUUGUACUUGCAUCUUAUUGGUAAAUAUUGUAUAAAUUUUAUAACUAGUCUCCACCCUUUCAACCAACCUGGUUUCUUGGAUGAUUCAUGCAAGGAUUUGUUUAGUUCCAUCUGCUUCUCUGACUCAAGUACAUUAGGGCUGGAAAAUACCAGGAAGUUCGGUCCAAUUCCAAGCAAUUGAUGGAAAAGGUGAAGAAGUUUCAUAAUCUAAGCAUGACAUGAAAAGAUAAAAAAAAUCAAUGGAAUUGAAUGAAUGGAUCAAAAUUUGUACAUAACAGCCCCUCAGACCAGUUGGCCUGGCAAGUGGAUGUGUUCUCCCUACAUUGCCAGCCCAUUCUACAUCCCCAACUUGCCUGGUACAUAAGCGAGUAGCUUGUCAUGCACCGGGUUUUACCCGGUUUUCCUUAUCACAAAGAGAACUUUUUACAUAUCAAAAAAAAAAAAAAAAACUUUG